UGUAAGGCAGGACGCUUGGUGGCGCUGCAGGCUAAGGAAGUGAAAAACUCGGCAGGCACCAUAAUAGCUGAGCAGUUUCUGGCUGCUCAAAAAGGAAGUGUUUUACAUCAUUAGGGGAGAGUAGGUUACUGAGAGGCAGCUUUCGCCUUAUCAGUCUGUGUUAAGAAGUAACUCAAGAUUACUGAACCAAGAUAGUGAAGUUGGCUGCACAGCGAUUAUUUUGUGAUUAAAUACUACAUCUUUUGGGCCCGGAGGAACCAUGGAAACACCGCUACUCAAAGCGCCACAGAAAAGGCAAGUGACCGCCAUUAUUAUCCUAUUAAUACUAUUAAUGCUGUGGGAGGUGGGCGGUAUGACCAUUAAGUAUUCAGUUCUAGAAGAGAGGGAAAGCGGCUCUUUUGUGGCCAACCUUGCAAAAGAUCUGGGGCUUGGUUUAGGGGAGCUGGAUGCGCGGGGAGCUCGGAUUCUUUCCAAAGGGAAUCAACAGUAUUUACAGCUUGAGCAGAAGAGUGGGAAUUUGCUCCUAAAAGAAAAAUUGGACCGGGAAGAGUUGUGCGGUGACACAGAUCCAUGCAUACUGCAUUUCCAGGUGUUACUAAAAAGCCCAGUGCACUUUAUUCAAGGUGAACUACAGCUACGAGAUAUAAAUGACCAUGCCCCAGAAUUCCUGGAGAAUGAAAUCCUCCUGAAAAUCUCGGAAAGCAGCCAGCCAGGGACUGCAUUUCCUUUGAAAAUAGCUCAAGAUUUAGAUGUGGGCAGUAAUACAGUUCAGAACUACACUAUUAGCACCAACUCCCAUUUCCACCUUUUCACUCAAAACCACAGUGAUGGCAGGAGAUACCCUGAGCUGGUGCUGGACAAAGCGCUGGACCGCGAGGAGCAGUCAGAGCUCAGGUUGACUCUCACAGCGCUGGAUGGUGGGUCACCACCGAGGACGGGGACUUCUCAGGUUCUCAUUGUAGUCCUGGACAUAAAUGAUAAUGCUCCUGAAUUUGCUAAGCUGCUGUAUGAGGUCCAGGUCCCAGAGAACAGCCCUGUAGGUUCCCUAGUCAUCACCGUGUCUGCUACAGAUUUAGAUACUGGGACCUAUGGAGAGCUCUCCUACUCAUUUUUCCAAUCCUCAAAUCAAGUGAUCCAGGCCUUUGAAGUAAACGCAGUCACAGGGGAAAUUAGAUUAAAAAGAACGUUGGAUUUUGAGGAAAUUCGAUCUUAUCGUAUGGAAAUUGAGGCCUCAGAUGGCGGGGGUCUUUCAGGAAAAUGCACUAUAGCCAUAGAAGUGAUGGAUGUAAACGACAACACCCCCGAACUGACAAUGUCAGUACUCAUCAGUGAUAUCCCAGAAAACACCCCUGACACUGUGGUCGCGGUUUUCGGAAUUUCAGAUCCAGACUCUGGGGAAAAUGGCAAAAUGAUGUGUUCUAUCCAAGACCAGCUCCCCUUCCUUCUGAAACUUACUGUAGAAAAUUUCUACACCUUGGUAACUGAAGGAGCACUGGAUAGAGAGAGCCAGGCCGAGUACAACAUCACCAUCACCGUCACUGACUUGGGGACCCCCAGGCUGAAAACGCAACACAACAUAACCGUGACGGUCUCCGACGUCAACGACAACGCCCCCGCCUUCAGCCAAACCACCUACACCCUGCGGGUCCGCGAGAACAACAGCCCCGCGCUGCACAUCGGCAGCGUCAGCGCCACAGACAGCGACUCGCUCUUCCUGUUCUCGGUGCUGGUGUUCGUGGCGGUGCGGCUGUGCAGGCGGAGCCGGGCGGCGUCGGCGGGCCGCUGCCCGGUGCCCGAGGGCCACUUUCCGGGCCACCUGGUGGACGUCAGCGGCACGGGGACGCUGUCCCAGAGCUACCAGUACGAGGUGUGUCUGCGGGGAGGAUCUGGGACCAAUGAGUUUAAGUUCCUCAAGCCUAUUUUUCCCAACUUCGUGGGUGAAGCAGCUGGUAGGGACACCGAGGAAAACUCUAAUUUUAGAAAUAAUUUUGGGUUCACCUAGGCAUUUCACCUUAGGAGACAAAUGAUAACACUAAUGUAUUAUUAGUUUGCAACCUGUUCAUUUACAUAAAGAGCUACGUAUUCACACAAUAUUGUCAUAUUUUUUGGUAUUUCAGCCUAUUGAAGUAUUGUACCUUCUGAAUCUCUUGGUUUUUGUUGUCGCCGUUGUUUUUAGCCACCUCACAUUUUGCAUGUUCAUACAAUAGCAGAGAAAUGGUGUAUCUGUUUUUUUGCGGUAAGAUUUUUAGAGGUCAGAAAUGUUUUCAGAUUCCUGAAAACAUUGAGCUUGUUCACUGAUAUCUUGUUAUGGUUAAGAGAAUUGUGUUUUCUGAUUACCAUUAGCACAGUGUAUUGUAAAUGAUAACUUUUAAUUUUAAAAAUACUUUUCAUUUAUACAAAAUUUUUUGUCACUUUGGAAAUUGUUAGAUUUCUGUAGUGUUGUUUUGUCUUUCUUAAGAGGAACUAAUAUUUUAUCUGGAAGUUUUCUAGGUUGAGUAUUUUCUUUCAAAAUUGAUAUCUUUGGACUAUACCAUCUGAUACAAUUUUAAAGAAUUCUAUUCCUGUUAAAUAGAAAAAAUGUUGGUAGGCUUAUGAUUGCUUUUUCAUAAUAAAUGUUUUGGGUAUGUAAAUAAUGAUUUUCAUUCUUUUAAAAUAAUAGUCACAUGAUUCAAGCAUAUUCAAUAUGAACAGAAAACAAAAAAUUUGUCUUUCAGAUUUUUAUUUAAAUUCUGAUUAGUUAACAUAUAGUGUAACAUUGGUUUCAAGAGUAGAACUCAGUGAUUCAUCACUUACAUACAAGACUCCAUGCUCAACAUAAUUCAUAAUUAAAACUAUCAUGUUUUACCUGAAUGUAAUAAAGCAAAAUUAUAUGAAGCUAUAGAUUUUGCUUAAACUUAGAUAAAUAAUCUCCUUGUGGUUAAAACUUGUCAAGAGUAUGAUGCAUAGUAAGGUAUUAGCAUCACUGAACUGCCUGCUAAAAAAUGAGGCAUCAUCUUAUAUAUCCUCCCUCUUCUCACCUUACUUUAUACUUUCUGUUAUAUAUAGUACCUUUUCAAUGUUUAUAGUAUUUACAAUGUAUUUUUAAAGGAUAAUCCCAUGAUUGUUUAGACAUUUUAUGUUUUAAAAGUCAAUGUACCCUUUCACUGUGUUUCAUGCAAAUGUUCAAGUAAGUCGUUUAUUUAUAUAUGGUAAACAUAGUUGGUUUUUUUUCAGAUGCAUUUAUUUUAUUUUAUUUUUUAUUUUUUUUUAAAUAGUUUAUUGUUGGG